GUGACGAGAUGUUUUCGUUACUUCGCUUCCGCCUUCCCGUGUUUUUCUCGCCGUGUCAUGUGGAUGUUCUAGCUAAUACCCGAACCCACUGACGGGGGCGACGCCAUCAUUAAAAACAACAACAACAGCAACAACAACAGCAGCGCCUCUCAGGACUUCCUCAUUCUUCACCGGCGGAGACUCUUCUGCGAGGCCGCGUGACAGCGAUGGAGGACGGGGAGCGGUCGCCGCUGCUGCCGGAGCAGCACGACGGCACCAACGGCAGCUCGCACGGAUACACGGCGCAGACUCUGGCGCCGUUCCCCAGCUCGGUGGCCCCCGGCGAGGCUCCGCCCCCUUACUCGCCGCAGGGCAGCCCGGACAGCAGCAGCGCUCCCGUCAUCAGCUGCCGGGUCUGCCAGAGCGCCAUAUCUGUGGAGGGCAAGACGCACCAGCACGUGGUGAAGUGCGGCAUCUGCAACGAAGCCACGCCGAUAAAGAACGCCCCCGUUGGAAAGAAGUACGUCCGCUGUCCGUGUAACUGUCUCCUGAUCUGCAAAGUCACGUCGCAGAGGAUCGCCUGCCCGAGGCCGUACUGUAAACGCGUCAUCAACCUGGGCCCGGUUCACAUCGGCAGAGAGAGUCCUGAACCGCAGCAUCAGCCCGUUGGCAUCCGGAUCAUCUGUGGACACUGCUCCAAUACAUUCCUGUGGACAGAGUUUUCGGACCGGACUCUGGCCCGAUGUCCGCACUGCCGAAAAGUCUCUUCUAUUGGUCGGCGGUACCCGAGGAGGAGGAGCCUACUGUGCUUCCUGCUGUUUGUUGUCCUCGUCGCCUCCACUGCAGGACUUAUGGUCGGCACGUGGAAACCCGCCCAGAACUCCAGAGGGAUCUACGUCUCGUGGGCGCUGCUGAUGGUGCUCGCUCUGUUCACCAUGGCGAGAACCAUCUACUGGAGGUGUCUGAAGAUCAGCGACCCCAUAUCCAACGUCACGUAGAGAGAGAGAGGGUGAGAGAGAGAGAGAGAGAGAGAGAGAGGUAGGUGAGAGGGCAAGUGGAUGAAGAGAAGGAAGGGAAAGAGUUGAUAAACGUAGAGGAAGUGAACAAAAGAUCCAGAGGAGACAAAGAGAGAGGAAGAGAUGCAUUUGAGAUAUAAAAAAUGUAAAAAAAACUCCACAUUCAUGCCAGAUUGGAUUCACGUCGCCAAUCGACCCAUUGCUAAGCCCCGCCCCCAUCCACCCCACACUUCUACUCCGCCAAGCUGUCCUAAUUUUAAAGAGAAGCGGAAAAAAAGUGAUGGUUUCGGAUAGUUAUCGGAGCCCCUGGUCGGAGCUGGCUGAUGCUACGCUAUGAUUGGCCAGUCUGCGUUAGAGGGGCGGGACUUAGCAAAGGGUCGAUUUGUUCCGCAACGUGUUUUGUUUUGUUUUUUUAAUCACAAACUGUGCAGGGUUAAAAAAAGGAGGGUAGUGUGAGAUAACGAGGGUCAAAGCUGGAGAACAAAUGUGUUUAAAUUAUUAGUUUUUUUUGACCUGGUGGUCUAAUGUGUCGUUUCAAAGCUGCUGUCAAAUUCACACCGUUAUAAUGUCAACGGGCAAUUAUAUGAAAUCAGUGUUUCCUCCAGAGAAAUCCAAUAAUGGCAAAUAAAGAACAGUCGGAGGACGUUACGCUGUAUAAUCAUACCAAAAUGGAGGGAAAUUAAUAAUGGAUCCUAAUCACGAAUACCGAGUUCUUUGAGAAACGACACAAGCUUAUUUUCUUGUAAUUCUUUAAAUGAUUCAACCCAUAGAUGUUUCUAUUCUCUCGAUACUAGAAAAUACAAUAAUGGACUCUUUUUGUAAUUUAAAUGUUGUUAAAAAAAAGCAAAUAUUGGUUUGAGAUACGAUGACCUCGUCCGUACGGUGACUUUGCAGCUACGGCCAGUUAGCUUAGCUUAGCAUAACAACAUGGAAACGUACAGUGACUUUGCAGCUACGGCCAGUUAGCUUAGCAUAACAACAUGGAAACGUACGAUGACUUUGCAGUUACGGACAGUUAGCUUAGCAUAACAACAUGGAAACGUACGGUGACUUUGCAGCUUACGGCCAGUUAGCUUAGCAUAACAACAUGGAAACGUACGGUGACUUUGCAGCUUACGGCCAGUUAGCUUAGCAUAACAACAUGGAAACGUACGGUGACUUUGCAGUUACGGACAGUUAGCUUAGCAUGACAACAUGGAAACGGACGGUGACUUUGCAGUUACGGACAGUUAGCUUAGCAUAACAACAUGGAAACGUACGAUGACUUUGCAGUUACGGACAGUUAGCUUAGCAUAACAACAUGGAAACGUACGAUGACUUUGCAGUUACGGACAGUUAGCUUAGCAUAACAACAUGGAAACGUACGGUGACUUUGCAGCUUACGGCCAGUUAGCUUAGCAUAACAACAUGGAAACGUACGGUGACUUUGCAGUUACGGACAGUUAGCUUAGCAUGACAACAUGGAAACGUACGGUGACUUUGCAGUUACGGACAGUUAGCUUAGCAUGACAACAUGGCGACGGCUCACUAUUUAAAAUGUUGCAUCUGAUUUGUCUAAAAACUGAAGUGUAAAAAUUCCACGUUGCGCUUUUUGGGGCAUUAUUAAUGAGAUAACAUGACGAGGAAACGUCAUCGACGGAGGAUGCACAUUAAUUAAUUGGUAUUGAUUCAGUGUGGCAUUUUCUUUAAAAAAUGGAUAUUUGAUUUAACGUACUUUUUUUCUUCUUUCUUUUUUAAUAAUUCAUAUCAACGAUCUCUUCAUAUUCCGCUGAACUUUUAAACAAAAACAAAAAAGUGCCGUUUUACGUUGUUUGGGUCACUCUGAGAAAUGACUUCACGCGGACAGAUUUAAUGAAGUAUCUCCUCUCUGUUUUUAAUCGGCCUCUUGUCUUGUUUGAAUCAAACUGAAUUGACGAAGCAGCGAAACGUUGACGUGUAAAUACUUGUGCAUUAUUUUCGGACUGUACAGAAUUGUCAGAGCCCGUUGCUUCCCCCUUGUGGCUGAAUUAUGUAAGUACGCGCUGACUGUGAAACAACGUUGCACUACAUUGUACCGAUGUACUACUUACUGUAUGUUUUUGUUGUUGUUUGUCUAUUAUUCCAGUGGGUGGAUUGUGGUUUUCUUUUUUUUGUAUAUUGUGAAACAAAGUAAUACUUUUAACAACGUC